CUUGGUCUUUUUACCAGUGGCGGGGAAAGAGAGACACUAAACUACUAAAGCUAUGGAUCAGAAUUCGAUCGCCCCUCUGGCAGUUGCUUUUUCUUUGGUGGUGGCGUCACUGCUGUACUUCCUCCUCCUCCGAGGAGAGAAGAAGAAGAAACUGCCUUACACUCUGCAGGAUCCUACAAUCAAAUAUCCUCUUCGCCUGAUAAAAAAACAGGAAAUCAGCCAUGAUACCAAGAGGUUUCGGUUUGGCCUUCCGUCUCAAGCUCACAUCCUCGGACUGCCCAUUGGGCAGCACGUAUAUGUGUCAGCCAAGGUGAAGGGCAGUCUGGUGGUGAGAGCCUACACUCCAGUCUCCAGUGACCAGGACCAGGGAUAUGUUGACCUGGUAGUUAAGGUGUACUACAAGAACUGCCACCCUGCCUUCCCAGAUGGAGGGAAAAUGUCUCAGUACCUGGACACCAUGGCUAUCGGGGACUCCAUUGACUUCAGAGGACCCAAUGGAUUGCUGGUAUACAAUGGCAAUGGUAAAUUUUCAAUCCGACUCGACAAGAAGUCUGAAGCAAAGGUUAAGAAGUUUAGACACAUUGGAAUGAUUGCUGGUGGAACAGGUAUUACUCCAAUGUUGCAGCUUGUUCGUAGCAUCACAGCAGACCCUACUGACAACACCAAGUGCUCGCUCAUAUUUGCAAAUCAGACUGAGAAGGACAUCCUGCUGAGGGAGGAACUGGAGGAGCUGAAGAAAAGUCACCCUGAUAAAUUUAAGCUUUGCUUAACAUUAGACAAACCGCCACAGGGAUGGAGCUAUAGUUCGGGGUUUGUGACUCAUGACAUGAUCAGGGACUACCUUCCUCCUCCCUCCAAUGAUGUCCUCAUUGUUCUGUGUGGUCCACCGCCCAUGAUCCAGAAUGCCUGUCUGCCGAAUCUGGACAAGCUGGGACACAGAGCAGAAAACAUCUUUGCAUACUAACAUACCAAUAUACCGCUCCUCACACAAAAAUUCUAGAAGAAAAAACGAGUGGCACGUUAAUGUACCUACACACAUGCAUCAACAAAGAACUCCAGCCUUACCUCGAUUCACCUUUAUGAUAAAUGAUAUUAGAUUUUGUUAAGUGCUGUUUAAAAGUGAUUUGUUUGAAAAACAUUUUAAUUUGCAUUCACUUUACAGAUAUGAGUGGAAUAUUAAUGGGCUUUAGGGCGACAUGGUGGCCCAGUGGUUAGCACUGUUGCCUCACAGCAAGAAGGUCCUGGGUUCAAACCCUAGGCCAUCCCAGGUCCUUUACGUGUGAAGUUUGCAUGUUCUCCCCGUGUCUGUGUGUGUUUCCUCCGGGUGCUCUGGUUUCCUCCCACCAUCAAAAAGACGUUCAUGUUAGGGUUAAUACUCCUGCCUGUGCCCCUGAGCAAGGCAAUGGAAAGAAGAAAUGGAGUUGGUCCCUGGGCGCUGCAGCUGCCCACUGCUCCUAUACAGUAGAAUGGGUUGAUGGGUUAAAUACAGAGAAGAAAUUCGUCGUGAGAAUAAAAUUCUUUGUAAGAAUACAAUGCCAAAAUAAAGUGGCUUUCUUUCUUUAA